UGUCUUGUUCCCUCUCCCCGUCUUUCCAUCCUUAAUCACCUUAGCAUCGUUCUUUCAACUCUCAUAAUAAAUUAUUAUUAUAAACAGUAAAACACACAGACAUGGUAAUAACAGUAAUUUUAAUUUUAAGUAUUGGAUGAUGGUUAGUACCCUUAGGUUCUCCCUCCCUCCCUCCCUCUCUUCUCUCUCUCUUUGCAAAAAAUUGAGGAUCGUUUACAUGUAAUCCUACGUUAACUAACAUAAACCCUCUCGAUCUCCCUCUCCUUAACCAUGUCUAGUGAACAACCCUCUCCUUCUCCGAUCUCCCUAAACGAGGCCGACGCUCCUCUAAACCAGGCCGACGCUCGAACCCAAACGCCGCCAGUUAACAGGAGCAACCGCCCGUCGCGAGCUUGUACAAUACGGGCGGCGGCGAGGCUGCAGCAGCAGCAGCUGGCGGUAAUCGAGCGGAAGCAGAAACCGAAGAAGCAGGAGCAGCAACAGCACUUAGAUGAGUCUUCGGUGCAGCAGAAAGAGCAAUGCAGUGGUGGAAGUAGCAGGAUCGUUACGCAGCUAGUGGCGCCUCCGGAGCCGGCACAGUUGCCGAGGUGGAGCCUCCGGUCCAUGUGGGAAUUAGCUUCAGUACUCAAUUUUUUAAAUGUAUUUAGGCAUCUAUUGAAUAUAACAGUUGAGUUUUCAGCUGAGGAGUUUGAGACAGCUUUGAUCACACCUAAUGAUACUUUGGGGGAUAUACAUAUGCCUUUGUUAAAGGCAAUCCCUCCUAUUACCAGAAUGGCUCUCACACGAGAUACCUGGAUUACUGUUUUGUGCAGAAAAUUAAGAGACUGGUGGCACUGGGUUGCAGAUGGGGAACUUCCCUUAGUUGCUUCACAUGGGGUAGAGGUUGAAGUGUAUAAAACACUUGAUCCUGGGAUCCGUGUGGUGAUACUGAAAGCACUAUGUGACAUUCGUGUUGAGCAAGAAGAUAUUCGGAAUUACAUUGAUAACUCCCUCAAGCAUGGCAUUCAACUUUCAUUAUUUCGCAAGGAACGUUUUGGGGGUGAUUCACAAGGAAUUAAUUACUGGUAUGAAGAUGAUCCAAUGAUUGGUCAAAGGUUAUACCGGGAAAUAAGAAAAACCGAGGUGAAGCUUAAAGCAAAGGCAAAGGGAUCUCAGAUCAUCCCUAACGUGACAUACCUGUGGGAGACAGUUGCAACUAAUUUCGAAGAAUUUCAAGAUGUUUCUGAGAAGCUCUGUACUAGCAAAAAUAGAACAGAGGCUUCGUUGGGGAAGAAAUUAAAGAAUGACAUGCUUCCUGAGAUUGAGAAGGUUUACAAGAGGAAAGAAAGGCUGCUGAAAAAGCAACACAGGCAGGCUCUACUUCUUGAUAAUUUCUUGAGCAUGGAUGGACAUGCACCAGGACGUUCUCUCCGUGAUAGGAAGCCUGUCACUUAUACUUUUGAUGAUUAUGAUCGGUCAAUCAACGAGGCUAUCAAAAUAACAAAGCGUAAACCACCGUCUCCAGAACCUUUUCUCAGAAGAGAAGGUUUCGCUAAACCUGAAGCUUCUACAAAUGGUGAAUUGAGCGGUCCUUCACACACAUCGCAACAUGGCACUUUCAGUGCCGCAUCUCCCGAUUCUCUUGAAUAUGAUGACAUGGAUGAAGACCGUAAAUCUGAAAUGUUGGAUCGGGGCAACAGGAGAAGACAGAGACCUCAGCGGUAUUCAGCAACAGAGUUUGUUGAGGCAGUUUCAGAUAAUGAGGCAGGCUUUGACAGUGAUGAUGAUAUAGUUGGAGAAGCUGUCUAUGAUGAUGAAUACUUGAGGAAACGUAAGCAGAAGAGGCUGUCCAGCAGCUCUGAAGGGGAUGAAGAGUAUCAAUGGGAUGAUGAAAAUGUUGAGGAGGAAGAAGAAGAUGAAGAAGAGGAUUCCUUAAGUAUUAGUGAGGAUAGUGAGGAGCCCCAAAAAUUCAAUAAAUUUCCAGGCCGUACACGCAGGGAGAAAAAAUUACGGUCAGUUGAUGAAAUCCAGUCAGGUCUAAGACGCAGCAGAAGGAGCACUCGGAACCAGAUUAAUUACCGACAAUAUGAGCUGUCCGAGUCAGAAACAGAGUCAAUGAAACGUGAGAAAUCAAAUGUAUCAGAUGAACACUCAGAUGCAAGUGAGAAUGCAGAGUAUUCAGCUGGAAGUCAAAGUCAAGAUUCUGAUGGCAAUGAUGACAAACAAGAUAUGAAAAUUGAUCAGCCUGUAGAAGGUGACAAAGUGACAGAACAAAAAGAGCAAAAUCAGCCACCUGAGCAAUCAAAUAGCCCAGUCCCAGAUGAAGUUGAUGGUGUAAGGAAAAGACGUUUCCUCGAUCUCAACGAACUAGCUCCAGGUUCUGGUUUUGAUGAUGGUCUGAACACAGUAAUGAAAGAUGAAGAUAGAAAUGAUUUUUGAGGUUCCCUCUCUUGUGGCAAAAGAAGAUUCGUUGUUUUCUCUGGGAGCUUAAUGUACAAUAGUAUAAUGUUAUAAAUUUUGUGAUAAGUCCAUGGAGGAAAUUACCAUCGGAGUUCUUCCAUGGCCUAAGCGAAGCAACAACCUUGAUGCAAUUCAUUUAGGAUUUGCAGCAAGGAGCAACUUGAUGCUGAGAGUUCCGUAGAUUAGAUAGUCAUUUUUUAGCAUGUCUACAUUCAUAGAAGCCUACAAUGGGUCAAUGAGAAUUCCUUGGGAGUUCUACAUCUUAUCCAAUUAAUGUACAAUAACCUUAACUGAUUUUGUAACUGAAAAAAAUGGCUUUUAGAUAUUCAGGCUUUGUAGUUUAA